GGCCAUCGUCAGAUUCUAUGGGCUUUUACUUUCGUUUCCUGUCCUCCUCACACAGCUGAUCACAACACAAUUAUAAAAGCCCCACCACCUACAGUGGGUGGUGAUAGUGGACCAGGAGAAGCUGGGAACACCACACACCUCUCCACAGUUGACUGGAGUAAAGUUGAGGAUGGCAGACUUCGGACUGUAUUCAUACCAGCAGGAAGUGGUGGAAGGGGCUCUUCAGGGAGAGAACGUGAUCAUCUGGCUGCCGACCGGAGGCGGAAAGACGCGAGCUGCUGUGUACGUGGCCAAGAGACACCUGGAAACCACACAGCACGCCAAGGUGGUGGUCCUGGUCAACAAGGUUCACCUUGUAGACCAACAUUACACCAAAGAGUUCAAGCCUCAUCUGGGCUGCGACUACACCCUGGUGCCAGUGAGUGGAGAGAGCGACUUGAAGGACCUCUUCGGAAAAGUGGUGCAGGACUCGGACGUGGUCAUCUGCACAGCACAGAUCUUGUACAACGCUCUGACCAACAGCGAGGAAACCAAACAUGUUGAGCUCUCGGAUAUCACUCUACUGAUAGUUGAUGAGUGUCAUCACACCCAGAAGGAGUCGGUCUACAACAAGAUCAUGAGUUGCUACAUGGAGAAAAAGUUGAAGGGAGAGCGUCCGUUGCCGCAGAUCCUGGGUCUCACUGCAUCGCCAGGGACGGGGGGCGCUAGGAUGCUGGAGAAGGCCGUGGAGCACGUCCUACAGAUUUGUGCCAACCUGGACUCAUCCAUAGUUUCAACCAAGAACUAUGCCCCUGAGUUGAAGAAGAAGGUGCCGAGACCCAUCAAGACAUUUGACAUCGUCGAGAACAGGCCUGAGGAUCCGUUUGGGGAUGAUCUGAAGCGGAUGAUGCAGAGGAUCCAAGAGCACAUGAACUUACCUGCAGACUUCAGACUGAGAGAGUGUGGCACGCAGGAGUACGAGGCAGAUGUGGUGAUUUUAGAGCAGCGAGGGGUAAGACAGGACAACAGAAAGCUCGCACAAUGUGCUCUCCACCUCAGACAGUACAACGAUGCCCUGCACAUCAACGAUACCCUGCGUAUGAUGGAUGCUUACAGCAGCCUGGAGGAGUUCUACAUCUCUAAGUCCAACACAGCAAUCGACGAAACAGACCUCUUCCUGGUGGGAAUUUUCCAAGAGAAUCAGGCGGAUUUGAGGAAACUUGCAGGAGAUUCUCACUACGAGAACCAAAGAUGGCCAAACUAGAGAGCGUUCUGUCAUUAGUCCGGGUUCGGUGUGCAGUCAAAGGGGAUCCUCUUCAGCAAAACACGUAAAAGCAUCCACUGCCUGAAAGAUUGGGUCCUCAACAACAGAGCCUUACAGGAAGCUGGCGUCAAGGCAGACGUCCUGACCGGGGCUGGCAACGGCAUCACUUACAUGACACAGAGCGAGCAGGCCGACACGAUCUGCCAUUUCCGACAGGGCAGUCUCAACCUGCUCAUCUCCACCAGCGUGGCUGAGGAGGGCCUCGACAUUCCUGAAUGCAACCUGGUGGUGCGCUACGGCCUGCUUACAAAUGAGAUCGCCCAGCAGCAGGCCAGCGGACGUGCCAGAGCGCAAGACAGCAAGUAUUCAGUGGUCGCCUUGAAAGGGGGGCGGGAGGAGCGCAGAGAGCUCACCAACGAAUAUCUGGAGGAGCUGACUGCAAAAGCCAUCGCUCGGGUCCAAGAUAUGAGCCCUGAAGAGUUUCGUAGGAAGAUAACUGAGAUACAGACAGAAACUGUCAAUAAAAGUAGAAUUAAAGAGAGCUGUGAAAUGCAGAAGAGGAGUCUCUACACCGCUUCCAGUAUCCAGCUCCUGUGUCGAAACUGUUUCAAGCCUGUGGCCUCUGGCAGUGACAUUAAACUCAUCGACAAUAUGCACCAUGUCAAUGUCAAUCCGGCCUUCAAGAAACACUACAAAGUGGGAGAGCAGUCGAGGCUACAAAAGAGGUUUGAGGACUGGGAGCCUGGGCAGAUUAUCAGCUGCAAUAACGGCAAAUGCAACGAGAAAUGGGGAUUUGAGAUGAAGUACAAGGACAUCGCCCUGCUGCCCAAUCUGGCCAUUAAGCAUUUGUUCCUGCAGACGCCUGAUGGCAGGGUGACUAAGAAGAAUUGGAAGGAUGUCCCUUUCACUUUGGACAACUUCAACUUUGAAGAAUACUGUCAAGAAAACUUCCCUGACCUCUUCGACUGAGGAACCAACCACAGAGCUCUGUGUGUUUUAUUUAUCACUGUACGUCAGUUUUAAUCUUUAUUUUUAUUCCAGUCUGUGUGUGUUUGCGAGUCGGAACUCUUUUAGAGAAACCAAUACUGUGCAGUUUGAGAUUCUUCAUACAUGAACACAAACUACUAUUAAAUAUGCUCCACACGUGCUUGCACUUAUUUAUGCUGCGGGGCCAAUGAGGCAGCAGCAUUUUGCUAAAGCCCAUUACACAGAAACAAAAGCACAACAUGAAGUCAACAGUAAGACGAAGCUUAACCAUCACCACGGCUUGACGUGUUGUCAUGAAGACGAUUUAUCAUGAACGCUCUUUUAUUUUCUUUUAAAUGCUUUUAAUUGGAUUUUUUUUUUUUUUAAAGUACAUUUACUUUUUUACUGUAUUUAAGUACGUUUUUCAUGUAUCUGUACUUAAUUGAGUUGAUUUAUCUUUGGGUACUUUACACAUUUACUCCUCUACAUAUAUCAGCAAUUAUUUCUACUCGGUUACAUUUUUACAAUGUGUUGUGUUAUAUGUAACAUUGUUUUUUUUUUUUAUAUUUUCUAAAAGUAAUCAAAAUAACAAGAGGGGGAUUAAUGUUCUAUCCUGCAUCACUGGUGCAGAAAACAACACCUGAAAUGGAUUGAGAGGAAGUCACUGCAGAGACUUAGCCAUAAUGAUGCAUUAGACCUUUGUAUUAGACCAGUGGUUCUCAACCUUUUUUCAGUGACGUACCCCCUUUGAAAAAAAAUUUCAGCCGAGUACCCCCUAAACAGCGCAAAGCAUUUUUGGUUGAUAGAAAGAUGUAGAGAAGAAAGAGUUUUUCCUGAUAAGUGACAGGUAGCUUGCUUCCGUUUGCUUCGAGGAGGCUUUUCGCAUCGUGUCUUGAGAUGACCUGAAUUCAGAAGGUUUCCUCUUAAAAAAACUCAGGUGGCUUCCCAACAUGACUUUCAUGUUUUGUCUGGAGAUGCCGCUGAAGAUGUGCUGGCUUCAUGCCACUGUUGGCUAAUCUUUCCCCACAGAAAAAACACAAAGUGUAAAUAACCCAAUCUAUGUUAUUGUUAAUACUGUUGAAGUGUCUUUCUGUUAUUUUAUUGUGAAAUAUUUACUCGCUUUAAGGUCAGACAAUUUCAUUUCCGUUUUUGUAUUACAUGCUUUUAUUUUGAAAGUAUUCCGGUAGAGACGCGGACUUCCUGUUAUGAAUGUGUAACUUCACAACGGAAAGGUUUGAUGUUUUAGCGACCCUCAGAAGAGGCACGAGCUCUUAUGGUGUUAUUUAGGGAAGUUUCAAAUAAACCUGGAAACGUCA